AUGGACGAGGAACAAGACCUGGACUUCGAGUUUCGAAGUUUUUUGCUUCAACUUGGAAAGGAAUUGAAGUCGCAAGACCUUGAAUAUUUAAAAUAUGUUUUAGCACCAUACGUCUCAUCCGCUAAGUGCGAUGAAAUGACAUUUUGUCCAUAUUUUGAUGAAUUGAAGAGAAGGUGUCAUCUCAGUCGGACUAAUUUUGGUGUGUUGAAAAAGGGUCUCCACCAAAUAGGGCGACAAGAUCUUGUGGACAAAAUAGUUCUCAAAGAACAGUACUUUGCCGGGAUUUCCAAUAAAAGUGGUGCACCGAACUUGGGAACUAACGUGCAAAAUGAGUUGUUGCAGAACCAUUAUGAAAAAUUGAUGGAGAGAAAGAAAGAAAAGGAAAAGAAAACCCAAGCUGAUUAUUUGUUGAAAAGGGAAGAGGGCAUGGAGGUCUCACAUGAUGGGUCCAUUGACUUACACAGCAAUGAACAACUGACAAGUGAUGAAGCAGCUAGAGAUGAAAUCACAGAAUCUAACACCACAAAAGAGGAGGUUAUUGAUGUGGAGAUGAAAAGCACCUUCAAACAAUCUCCAAAAGGACCUUGUGACGAUAAGAUCCUUUACCAUAAUGGUCCAGUGGAAUCUGAUAGUGGAAAAGCUCCCAUUAAUAACAGUGGUUUACCUGAUGGAAAAGUGCCUACUAGUAGCAUGUCCUCAAGUAAUCUGGAUAGUGAUGUUGUUACUGAUGGUAAUGAAAAUGGAGAAGAAUCUGCAGCAGAAUCCAAGGCUGAUGAAGAGAAAUUUGAAAAGAAAAGUCCUGUAGAUGAUAAUGGUUCUGGAGCACGUCCUAAAGAGAAAAAAGUGAAAACUACCGGGCCAUCUAAAACUGACCAAGGAAAGGCCAUGGAGGUGGAUGACAAAGUUACAGGAACCAAUCCCUAUGGUACAUUGUUUUUUGCAAAUGAAUCUACAGAAGAAUAUGAAUUGGUUCCUCCUGAUACCAAAAGCUCUAAAGAACCUACAGAAAGUGGGUAUUCUAAUCCAUCAUCUCCUGUUGGAACUGUUCAUGAAGAAGGAAGUGGGCCUGACACAUUCAUCAGUGAUAAAAGUGAUGUAACAUUAGAUGAAGAACCUAAGGUACCCUUUUCUGGUUCAACCCAUGGAACACCUGUCACCAUGGAGCUCACUAAGGACUACCCCUCUGUAGAUGGAUUCUCCACUCCACCUUCAGACAUUGGGAUACCCACUUCCACUUCUGGUGAAAAAAGGCCUGUGAUAUAUGAUGAAGAACCACAUGAUCCAGCACCUGCCAGCAUGGGGCGACCCAAGUGCUACCAUUCACCUGGUGUUUUUUCAACACCUUCAGUUCAUGUUCAUGGAGGUGCUAUGCACAGUGGCCUUGCUUCUCCUGGCUCCGGUGCUCUUUCUCAGGCAGAACUGAGUGAAAUUAUUGCAGCAUUAAACCCUUCUGCCCAACAACUUAGUUUUGAAAAACAAAUGGCAUUUCUUCAACAGAUUUUAGCUAUGCAAGGAUAUGUGAGUGGCACCAAUCCAUUCCCUAAUCCAGGACAGCAAUCACAGAAUUACAUGCCCAACAGUCAAACAGACUGGUCACAGGAGUUUGGCUGCUAUCAAAAGGCAGGUUAUUCUGUGGUGGUAACUAAUGGCCAGCUCACUGAAAGCACGUAUGACAAGGGCAUGGUCAUGAUGGAGAGUGGGACGCAGUUUUGUAUUGUUGUUGGAAAUGAAAAUGAUCAUGCUGCUGAGGUGGACAUAACAUUUGGUGGAAUGUAUCUUGGUCUUUGGGCAUUAGAAGCUAAGCAGUUAAUAUCUCAUAACCCUCUGGUGAUUGAAGGUUCCUCCUGGGCUGAUGGAAGGUUGAGGUUCUUUAGUAAUGCAGAUGACAACAAACCCAAACCCAAUGCAGAUGUCUAUGGUGAAAACACAGAACUAAAUGGUUUAAUUGAGCUGGAGUUCAAACCUGAAGUUCACAUAUUGAAAAUUUUUGCACAGCAUGUGAGAGAUCAAAGGGAAAAAAAGCUCAUUCCAGUGUCAAUAGCUCCUUCCAGUACAACAACUAUUGGUGACUUAAAACAGGAGAUCAGCAAAGAGUGGGAUUCCAGGAUCUCAUGUCUGUUGAAAGGUGGCGAUAUCUUAGAUGAAGGAAAAACCAUCAGCUCAUAUGCAUUGAACAAAAAUGAGGUGAUUCAAGUUGUCAAUGAUACAGAGGAAAUCAAGAUUGAAUCCCCUGGGAAGGACCCAAUCACUAUGAGUCUGGAUCCACAAAAUGUUUCUUUGGAUGCUGUCAAAGAUUUCAUUGCAGAGAAAAUCAAAAUCCCACCUGACGAGCAACUUCUGGGUUUCAAGGGACAAGAUAUGGACAUUGAUGACAAAACACUCAGCUGGGCACUUUUAACAUCAAAGAAGACACCUGAGUUGAAGGUUAUCAAGGACAGGAACAUUAACAUUGAUAUCUUACAUGAUGGAAAAGAAGUAAAAGUUGAUAUAAAAUGGUCUGCCACAGUUCAGGAGCUAAUGGAUAGGCUGGUAGAAAGAGGCAUCUGUGAUAGUGGUGCUACAUUAAGCCUUGCUGAGAACAACAAAGAUAUAAGUGGGGUGGGCAACAGGAAACUAUUUGACUUGGGUUUGAAAAACAAAACCAAGAUAGUUGUUUCAAGUAGAGCCCGCAGCACUCACCGUGGAUUUAGCAUGAGUUCUCUCAGUGGGGGCCCCAGUCGAGUAUUUGGAAUGAAUCGGGGAUUUGGUGGUCUGGUCAAGCCAACAGUAGCUUGUCUAAGCGUGAGAGGAUUUCCAGAUUCUGCGGGGACCCGUGCUGGAGGCAGUUGUGCAAGUGAAGCAGCAUAUGACUGUUCCCAAGAGGAUGGGGAGGGUGGUAUUGCCAUGCUUUGUGGAGAUGAAGAAAGAGUUUACAAAAACUUCUCGCUUGAUAAUUAUGAGAAAAAGUUUUCCAAGGAGAAGGCUGUUACCCUUACAAUUCUGCUGAAAGCUAAAAGUACGGGUGCCACAGGGGGUGCAACCUCUUCACAGUCUCACCUUCCAUCAGGAGCUUGCUCAGGAGCCACAGGUCCAAGGUCCACUCCAUAUCCACCUCCAGUGCCUGAGUGAAGAUGUUGCUAACAUGUUAAGAGCCUUUUGAGGGGCUGUGCUACAUAGUGAUUCCUCAGGCAGCUGUAAGGCUGUCAAAUGUAGAUGUAAUGUGUCAGUCAAAGUAAACCCAACCCCCUGCCAUUGUGAGAUAUGUGGGGCUUUGGUAUGGAUUCUGUAAGUUACUGGCAGCCCUUCAUGUCUUGAGUAGAUUGGGAAUCAUACAUUUAUGUCACCUGCAGUCUGGAAAAUUGAAUACAUGAGAUUGUGGCUUCUCUACCUCAUAGAUUUAUGGGGAUUCUUAGAUGGCAAGAUUUCCAAGUAAAAUGGUGCUGUAAUGUAUUGUACACUAAAUAUCAAAUAAACUGCAACUGCCUGUCAAGGUUCCCAUAUUAUAAACUGAAGCAAACUGACAUUAAUUGUAAAUUGAAAUACUUUGUGAAGUUUCAUAAAGGAAAACAAUUUAAGUUCAGCAAAUUGAUUUAAUGCCCCAUAUUUUCGAAAAAACUUUGUGACAUGGAGGAGCACUUGUCGGGGUUUGUUUGCUAAUCAGAACCAAUUCCUACCUAUAUCCCAGGAAAAGAAGAGGGGGGAGUUUACUUUUACUGGUGUAUUAAUAUAACUUUAUUUUGCCAUGACAACUACCAUAAAGCUGAGCUAUGCAUUGUGUGCAUCCAGUGGCUUAGAGUAUAGCAUGGUAAAUACUUACUUAGUCAACCUCUGCCGUUUUGGUAAUUAAUAUUCCUGUGGGUGAAACUGAAAGCUGAAGCUAGCUGCAGAAUGAACUCUUAUUGGAGUUCCUAGGCUCUGAGUAUAGUUACUAUAAUAUUGACUAGAUCUUGAGAUUGUUGUCACAUACAACAGUGGUAGAUAUUAUUAUUAUUAUUACUACUAUUUUUUUUGAGUUGGGCUUAGUAAUCUGAUGAUGUGGUUCAAAGAACUUUCUAAGCUUUGAUGUACAACUUGAUCUGCAUCCAUCACUAAAUAUCAAGAAUGUCCCACUCCUUGAUGUUAUGUACUGCAUUUAGGAGAAGUUAUAUUAUAACAAUGAUCAAUUAAGGCUGUGAAGUAAACUGCUUAUAAGUUAUUAAGCAAAUUCUGCUGACUGUGUUAAGUGGAAGUAUUAGUCCAGGGAACAGCAGAUUUAAAAUUAGUAACUUGCAGGUAAAAUCUUGAAACGUUAAAAAAAUCAAAGGUUAGGAUCAAUAUGAGAUAAUUGGUUUUAUGAACUGAAAUGAUAGUGUAAAUUGGUCUCCUUAAAGGGUUUUUUGAGCAUGAGUCCUUUGUCAGAGCAAAUGAGCAUAA